AUGCGGAAGGACAAUCCAUCACCCUGCAACCAUGAGCGUCAGAAGCAGACCAUUUCUCGUUCAAUAGGUCAUCUUACUUUUAUGCUCUUCAUCACCCCUUUGAUUUCCAUUUGGUGGAGCGCUAUAACAGACUACAAUGGCUCCCUUCAGCUUUCUGUCACGAGAUUCUUGGCAGAUCCAAAGGCGUCAUUGAGCUGGUAUUCUCUGCCUUCCCACGAUAUCAGCGUUGCUUUUGCGAAAUGGAUUCUCUUCGAAGCUAUUCUAUAUACCGUACUGCCGGGUAGGAUAUGUGCUGGUCAACCCACGCCAUCAGGACACACCUUACCUUAUACAAUGAACGGCCUAUCAUUUUUCACAUUCUCAAUUAUCUUCUUCUUGGUCUCGGCAGCUCUCGGAUGGACUGAGCUUUCCUUCAUAGCCAGCAACUGGAGAGACAUUAUCCUGGUGCUGAAUGCGUUCGCUUGGUUGCUUACAGGCCUAGCCUUUCUAAAGGGGCGCAUUGCUCCGUCAUAUAAAUAUGAUAACAAGGAGAAUGAUUCAUACAUCUCCGAUAUCUGGCGAGGCAUUGAGCUCCAUCCUCGGUUCGGCGCAGCAUGGGAUCUCAAAAUCUUCCACAACGGACGCUGGACCAUGACCGCACUCGCCAUGAUAGAUAUAUCCUUCGCAGCCCUCCAAUGGGAAAUGCACGGUUAUAUAACGUACACGAUGAUAUGCGUACUGCUACUCCGGAACAUUCUCAUCGUCAACUUCUUCACAAAUGAAGAAUGGUAUCUCCGUAGUAUGGACGUAUGCGACGAGCCCUUCGGAUUCUACUUCGCGUGGGAAUCCGGUGUUUUCUUCCCGACAAUGUACACUUUGCAGACGCAGUAUCUUGCCCUGAACCCCGUUGAGCUUCCCCUCACUCGUAUUAUCUCAAUAUUUUCCCUCGGAGUCACAGGAUUCAUCGUCUACUAUGUCGCCACAGAGCAAAAGAAUGUAGUAUGCGACAUGAAGAGUGCCAAGGAGGUGGGACACGAAAAGGCGCAGUUUGUUCGUGCUUCGUAUACGACGACUGAUGGGGUCGGGAGAGAGUCACUCUUGUUGUGUAGUGGUAUGUUACCGUUUAAGCACGAUGCUUCACAUGUGAUACUUAUGAAUAGUCCAGGGCUGUGGAGACAUAUCCGACAUCCCAAUUAUCUGGGCGUAUUGAUAUUGACGUACGCCAUGUGCGCAUUGUGUGGGACCGAGGCCCUGCUUCCUUGGAAUGAGGCUGUCUUUGCUACUGCUUUCCUGGCCUAUAGAUGUACUAGGGAUGAGAGAAACUGUCUGAGGAAGUAUGGCAAGGAUUGGGAGGUUUAUUGUCAGAGAGUGAGAUGGAGCUGGUGCCGGGGUUGUAUUGAUUUUCCUUCACUUUCUGGAGUAAACUUUUGCUAG